AUGCCAGCAUUACCCUCCACGGGCGAUGGCCCGGAAGGGCUUGUUGGAGGCUAUCAGGGAGAUAGCACGGCCAUAAAAGCGAUCAUGGGAGCGCUUAUGGCCAUUGUCCUCUACAAUGCAGCCGAGCUCAGCCUACUCAUUUUCAUGACCUUCCGUCACUAUCGUGGACUAUACUUUUGGUCUCUCACAUUAUCCACAAUCCUUGGGCUAAUACCAAAUGGAAUCGGGAAUAUUUUACACUUCUUCAACAUUAGGUCCUUAUGGCUGGCACUCGCGGUCUCGAGCUUCGGAUACUAUUUCUUGGUGCCUGCACAAUCGGUGGUUUUAUACUCGCGACUCCAUUUGGUGCUGUACAACCAAAAGAUUCUCCGAUUUGUGCUUUGCGCAAUUAUCUUCAGCACCAUAUUCAUCGCGGUGCCGACUACCAUAACCACAUUUGGAUCUGCAUUCGUGCAAAGUCACCCCUGGAACCGAGCAUAUACAAUUGUGGAGCGACUACAAGUGAUCUGGUUCUGCGUGCAGGAAUUUCUCAUAUCCUCGCUCUACAUUCACGAGACAGUCAAGUUACUCCGACUCAACCCCGAACAAAACCCUCGACGCAGAACGAUCAUGUACGAGCUGAUCGCGAUCAAUAUUCUCAUUAUCCUUAUGGACAUUGUCAUAGUGUCCAUCGAGUUCCUCGGGCUCUACUACUUACAGGUGCUUUUGAAAAGCGCCAUUUACAGCAUUAAACUCAAAUUGGAGUUUGCUGUGCUUGGAAAGCUUACUGCUAUCGUUGAUUCGUCUCAACCUGAUGAUAUCAGCAGUCGUAGUACCUACCAGCCAGGCUUGAUGAAUAUUACACAACAACAGUCCCCUGGAGCGGGCUUGGAGCCUAUGUCAACUAAUGGGCUAUCUCUUUAUGGAACAAAGGCUUCAAUGGAGUCGCCUAUCUAA